AUGGUGAAGGAGUGGAAGGGUAUGGUGGUGGGGCUGAAUAGGGUGGUGGAGAGGGAGGCUUCGGUGGCGGAGCAGAGGUGGGAGAGGCGUUCGAAGGCGGCCAGUUGGUGCAUGAGCUUGUGGAUGUGGGGGAUGUCGGAAUUUGUGGCUAGGCGGAUUCGGGCGAAGAGUGGGUGGCCGAGUGGGUGGUCUCCUGGCAGCGUGAGGUUGGGUUCGGGCGUUGAGGCUGGUGGUGGCGGUGGUGCUGCAGCAGCCAUUUUCCG